AUGGCGCCAGGUGUGCGCAAGGAGAGUGAAACACUGUUGGGCAUUGAACUAUUAGAGGGCUUUAACACCUACGUCAGUCGAUUGUUAUUGCCACAAAAUUAUACGAUAGACAUAUGGCAUCAGAGACUAGGAUUUAUAUGUGAUGGCACUGAAACCGAACAACUUUUUGUGAGCAAACAGGCAAUAUUUGAUGGAAAACGAGCAAUCCGUGGAGGAAUUCCAAUCGUUUUUCCCCAGUUUGGACCUUGGAGCACUGGCCCACAGCAUGGAUUUGCUCGCAUUUGUCGUUGGGAGUUAAAAAAGCCUCCAGAACGUUUACCUACUGGAGAUGUAGAGGCUAUGUUCCAAUUGCUGGAUAAUGAAUUCACUCGCUCCAUGUGGAAUUAUCCCUUCAGCUUAACGUAUCGCCUUAUUCUACGAGAAAAGGAACUUCACUUCAACAUAUCUGUUUACAAUCCAGGAGCAGAGACCCAUUCCUUCACUCUUCUUCUCCAUACAUAUUUCAAGGUUCCUGAUGUACGACGUUGCCAGAUUACUGGCAUGAGGGGGUGCACAUAUAUAGAUAAGACCCGAGAAGGAGCACUUUACCAGGAGCACCGUGAUGUGGUAACCAUUAAUGAAUGGACAGAUCGUAUCUACCAGAAUACCCCCCUUGAACACAUAAUUACCAAUGUUGUAAGUGGCCGCAAGAUGAGAAUGCAGAAAUACAAUCUUGUUGAUACUGUGGUGUGGAAUCCUUGGAUUGAAAAAGCCAAAGAGAUCCCAGACUUUGGGGAAGAGGAAUUUCCCAACCUGGUGUGUGUCGAGGCAGGUCAUGUGUCUGCUCCAGUCAUCCUUCCACCUGGAACUGUGUUUGAGGCCAGUCAAAUCCUGCAAGUCAUGUAGAAUGUUACGGCAUCGUUCACUAAUAAUAGUAUGACUCACAGGCAGAAGGCUAGAGAGUAUGUGACAAUUCUUCCGUGUUUUAAUUCUUAGACUACCAUUCAAGCUUUGUGUUUGAAGGAUAUUGAAGUCUAAUAUCAUGAUAUAUUAUGCUUGUGAGUUUUAUUAUUAUACUUAUAGCUUAGUAAUAUGUUCGUUUGCGUUCAUCUGUCCAUGAACUGUGAAUGGACAAGAGAGGUCCAAAGUUGAGAUUCUAUGAGAGUCCAUUUAAACUAUGGUAUCCUUUAGGUAAAUUGAUAUUGGCAUAUGUCAGUAUGACUGCAACCUGCAAAUGUAGAGAGAAGCAUUUUGAAUUCCAUCCAUUUAAUUGCAUGGUAAUUUUUUGUCUAGAUAAGGAAAAGAAAAUUAGUGCCUAAUGAUGAAUUGGAUUUUAAUAUACAUUUUCAGGUUGUGAAAGGCGUUAUU